CCAGGAUGACCCUGAGGGAGACGAUGCUGCCCGGCGCCUUGCUGGCCCUAUGCUGGGGGCCCCUCCUGGCCAGCGCCCAAGGGCAGUCCCCGCUGCAGAGUCUCCGCUGCUACAACGACUACACCAGCCGCAUCCGGUGCCGCUGGGCCGAGUCCCCCGGGGCCCGCAGCCUCCUCGGCCUCACCCUCCUGCGCAGGCUCAACGCUGACCCCCCGCAGCCCGUGUCCUGUGAGCAGAGCGAUGACCUGUCCUGGACGGGGGCCCCGUGCCCAGGCUGUGUGUCCCGAGAGUGUGAGAUCCCUCGCAAGCUGUUCGUCCUGGCCGACUACGACUACUUCUCCUUCCAGCCCAACAGGCCGCUGGGCGCGCAGCUCAACGUGACCCUGGCCCAGCACGUGCAGCCCCCGACACCCACGGACCUCCAGGUCAGUGCUGACCGGGACAGUUUCCUGCUAACCUGGAACAUGACGCAGAGCCCCUGGCUGUCAAACCUGCAGUUCGAGGUGGCAUACCGGCGGCUCCAGGACUCCUGGGAGGACGCCUCCACCAUCUAUGCCAGCUCCUCCCGCGCGGUCCUGGCACGCCAGCUCCUGCCCCCUGGCACCUACCUGGCCCGAGUGCGCGCCCAGCUGGCCCCCGGCUCGGGGUUCUCCGGACAGCCCAGCAGGUGGAGUGCCGAGGUGCCCUGGGACUCUCCAUUCGGCGACGCGGCGCAGCCCCACAAUCUGCAGUGCCUGUUCGACGGGGCGCACGCGCUGCGCUGCUCCUGGGACGUGCACUCCGAGGUGGCCCGCUCCCUGCCCUUCUCCCUCUUCUACACACCCAGCCCCGGCGCCGCGGAGGAGGAGUGCGCCCCCGUGUGGCGGGAGCCGCGCGGCAGCGGCUACACCCGGCACCGCUGCGAGAUCCGCGUGCCCGCGCCCGAGCCCCAGAGCCGGUACACGGUGUCCGUGAGGCCCCGCGGCGAGGAGAAGCUCAUCAAGAGCUCGAACAACAUCCAGAUAGCCCGGCCGACCCUGAGCGUGACCAAGGUGGGGGACAGCUACAGCCUGAACUGGACGACGGAGAGGAUGGAGUACGAGCACAUCGGCUGGACCUUCCAGGUCCAGUACAAGAGCAAAGAGGCCUCGUGGGAGGACACAGCAUCGGAGUCCCUCCGGAACGCACACAGCAUGUCCCUGCCCCGGCUGGAGCCCGGCACCCGCUACCAGGCCCGGGUCAGGGUCAAGCCCACCAACGGCGGCUACGACGGAGUCUGGAGCGAUUGGAGCAAAGAGAGCGUCUGGGACACUGAGUGGGCGCUGCCCACCUGGGGCCUGGUCCUCGUCCUGGUCUUCCUCACCCUGGCCUUGGUGCCCGCCCUGCGCUUCUGCGGCGUCUACGGGUACAGGCUAAACCGGAAGUGGGAGGAGAAAAUCCCGAACCCGGCCAAGAGCCUCCUGUUCCAGAACGGGGGUGCCGGGCUGCGGCUCCCAGCCAACCGGCGACCCCCACACCCGGGGACGGGACCCGGCCAGCUCUCCCCGCUACAGGGGGUGAUUUCUGGAGACUUGGGGCGCAGCGAGGUGUCACCCCUCACCACCGAGGACCCAAGAGGCGCCCGGGAGGCGCCCGCCGAACCGGCCCCCGGGAUCCCCGAGAGCCCCGGGACCCCUGAGAGCCUCCGGCCGCUCGGCCUGCACUUCAACGGCCCCUACCUGGGGCAGCCUCACAGGUCCUUGGACUAUCUGUGUCUGCCCCCCGGGGGGCAGGGACAGUCGGGGCCCUCGCUGGGGCCAGGGGCUUCCCCGCCGGACAGUCGCCCUGCGGUGGCCCCGGAGGACAGGCAACCGGCCCCCGAUUAUGUCACGGGCGCACAGCUGACCCUCUGUCCUCCCCCGGGGGUCCCCGCCUCAGACCCAGCCCCCCGCCUCAGUCCCAGCCCGCCCGGGGGGGCCCCCGUGAAGCCUGGGCUCGGAGACUACGUGGAGCUCCCGCCGGCCUCAGGCCAUGCUCCGGGGUCCCCCCUGCUCAAUCCCAGUCCCCCGGGCCCUGGGGAGCCCUGCCCCGCGCCCCCACACCCCGAAGAGCUGCUGGUGCUGCAGCAGGUGGGCGACUACUGCUUCCUGCCAGACCUGGCCCCGGCCGCCCCACCCGCGCCCAGGUCGGAUGCAGAUGCAGAGGACCAGGCUGUCCCCAGCAAGAAGCCGCAGGGCCCCCCCACGCCCCAGCUGCCGGCCAUCCAGCUCUUCAAGGCCCUGAAGCAGCAGGACUACCUGGCCCUGCCCGUCUGGGACGGUGGCAGGCUGGAGGAGGGGCACUGAGGCACGGAGCCCGCACCCCAAUAUGGUCCGGGAGAUCCUCCUCCGUCAGCAGCUCCUUCCCUUCCGCUCUCUUUGUCCUUCUUCUCUUCCUCUCCAUCUCCCUCUCCUCCCUCUCUCUUUCCCUCUCCCUCUCUCCUUCUC